AUGCUACACUUGUCUCUUCUUCUCUCUUCUCUUUUUAAUCCCCUUAUUCUGCCCUUCUCGCUUUUUUACCUUCUUUUUUAUUCGAAAUUCAUUUCUCCCUUUCUUUUCAUUUUCGUUUUUUUUCAUUUCUUUUUUUUUUUCUCUUCUUUCUCAUUCAUUUUCUCUCUCUUUUCUGCCCCAAUUUCUUUUUUUUCGAUUUCAUUGUUUUUGCAUUGCUUUUUCUUUCUACCACAUUUCUCUCUCUUAUUUUCCUUCUCUCCUUCUCUCUCUCAAUCUCUCUCUCUCUCUCUCUCUCUCUAUGUGUGCUUCUUUUUCUUACAGAUCUCUCUCUCUCUCUCUCUCUCUCUUUCUCAGUUGCUAUAUAUCAUUUCUUUCUUACAUUCUUUUUCUCUAUCUUCCUUUCAUAAACUUCCUCUCUAUUUAUUUUAUUCUUCUCUUUCUCUCUAUAUCACUGUCCUCUUCCUCUUUCGAUCGUUCGGAUAUUACCUCCCCCUUCUCUCUCUCUCUCUCUCUGUUUGGUCUUUGACAUACUCAUUCUUUUUUUCUCACUCUUUUUGUUUCCAAGGCUUCCUUUCUCUCAUUUUAAUUCUUUUUUUUCUCUCUCAUUUAAUCUCUUUUAACUAUCCUUUCUUUCUAUCUGCCUAUUACUCUUUUCCUUCCUCUCUCUCUCUCUCUCAUUCUCGUAUUUUUCCCAUUCACUUUUUCUCUUUAUCCCUAUCUCUCUUUAUGUCUCUAUCACUCUUUUCUAUCACAUUCAACCCCUACCUCUCACUCUUUCGCUUUCUGUCUCCAGCCCUCUCUUUGCCUCUCUCAAUAUUUCUCUAUUCCUCUCUCUUUUUCUAUAAGACCUUUUCUCUUUGCGAUUCUUUUUUUUUUUCAUCUCGCACCUCUCUAAUUUUCCUUAUGUCUCUAUAUUUUCUCCCACAUUAUUUCUCUCUCUCUGAUUCACUUUCUCUUUAUCACACUCUUUAUUUUUUCUAUUGCUCUCUUCUUUUCUCUCACACUUUUUCUUUCACCCAUUCUCUUUCUCUAUCCCACUCUCUUUCCUCUCCAUUUGUCUAUCUUUUUAUAUCACACUUCUUUGCUUACCCAUUCUCCUUUUCUGUCUCUUCUACUAUCUCUAAUUUAUCUAUUUCUCUUUCUCUCUCAGUCUCCCGGCCCAAUUAA